GGUGCUGCUGGUGUGUCGAGCGAACGAGUCGAGGUGCGCGCGCGCGUUUGCGGUGCUGCGCUCCCCACAAGAGGUGUUGCUUCAAAUGUGCCUCAAGAAUGUCGAACCCUGGCGGUAGCAGGACCGCGGCGACGAAGAUCCGCCUGACGAUCUUAUGUGCUCGCAAUCUUGCAAGGAAAGAUCUUUUUCGUCUACCUGACCCUUUUGCCAAAAUUACUGUCGAUGGUUCUGGUCAGUGUCACAGCACUGACACAUGUAAAGCUACUCUAGAUCCAAAGUGGAAUCAGCAUUAUGAUUUGUACAUUGGGAAAAAUGACGGUAUUACAAUAUCGGUAUGGAAUCACCGAAAAAUCCACAAAAAACAGGGUGGAGGUUUUCUCGGAUGCGUGCGAAUAUUGUCAAACACUAUUCAAAGGCUCAAGAAUACUGGAUAUCAACGUUUGGAUCUCUGCAAAGCCAACUCCGACGACACGGAUGUCAUAAAGGGCCAGAUCGUAGUCUCGCUACUAUCGCGCGAUGGGCACAACGGGGCUGUUAGCAACACCGUCGGCCACAACGCCGUGGUCGACCUCCUGGGAGACCUCAGCUGCCCGACGGACUUACCCGAUGGCUGGGAGGAGAGGAGAACCCAGAGCGGCAGGCUUUAUUACGUUAACCAUUACACUCGCACCACACAAUGGAUCCGUCCAAACUCUCGACCCAGUAACGCGGUAAUACCAACGAACCCGGAGCCAACGUCAGCUCCCUGCCCAGAGUCGGGCUCGCCCGCGGGCAGCGGUGGCGACAGUCCCUCGAAUGUCCCCGAGGGCUCGAGCAGCCCGGGCGGCUCGCGACCCGUCCCCGAGGGCUCCAGUCCCAGUAACGCCGGAAGCACGACCCCGAGUCGCGAGGGCUCGGCCCAGACGACGCCUCGAGGUACGCCGACGCAGCCGAGUCCGGGUCCAAGGCCAACGUCUACCGCCUCCGGAGGCAGGGACCGACCCCCGAGGCCCGCUCGAACCCCCAGCGAUGAGCAAAACGGUAAUCAGCAGUCGACGCCUCGGAACACGGCCACGGGCCAGACGAGGAAGCCAAGCAGGCCCGGCCGGGCGAGGAACGUCACCGAGAGGAGGACCGAGGCCCAGCCGCUGGAUCUACCCAGGGGAUACGAAAUGAGGAAGACCCAACAGGGCCAGGUGUACUUCUACCACGUGCCGACUGGCGCCUCGACGUGGCACGACCCCCGGAUACCACGCGACGUCUCGGCAAACGAGUUGGAGCUGGGGCCCCUGCCCAGCGGCUGGGAGAUGCGCCAAACGCAAAGCGGCCGCGUCUACUUCGUCGACCAUAACAAUCGGACGACGCAAUUCACCGAUCCUCGGCUCUCCACCCAGAUCAUCAAUAAUUUAUUAAAAAGACAAAAUGGUACUACUGCCCAGCCGACUAACACAAAUAACGUAACAACGCCGACAAGGACGGAGCCAGCCGGUUCAACAACACCUACGGCAUCGCCAGCAACUCCACAAAAUGUUAAUCAACAAAGGUCAAGGGCCGACGGCGCAAGUAAUAACAACACUCCCACGACCGAGACUCCACCUACGCCUAAUGGGCAGACAGUGUCAGAUUUGCCCAAAGAGUUGAUGGAGAGCGAGCUUCUUCCAAAAUAUAAGCGAGACUUGGUCGCGAAGUUAAAGUGUUUGAGAGCUGAAUUGAAUGCACUUCAGCCACAGACGGGGCACUGCAGAUUAGAGGUGUCGAGAAACGAAAUAUUCGAGGAAUCCUAUAGACUGAUAAUGAAGAUGAGACCGAAGGAUAUGAGAAAACGACUUAUGGUGAAGUUUCGGGGCGAGGAGGGCUUGGAUUAUGGCGGUGUAGCACGCGAAUGGCUGUAUUUAUUGUCCCACGAGAUGCUCAAUCCCCAGUACGGUCUCUUCCAGUAUUCGAGAGACGACAAUUACACUCUGCAAAUAAACGCCGAUUCCGGCAUAAAUCCCGAGCAUCUGUCGUACUUUCACUUUACUGGCAGAAUCAUCGGCAUAGCCGUUUUCCAUGGCCAUCACAUUGACGGCGGCUUCACCACUCCCUUUUAUAAGAUGCUAUUGAAUAAAGCCAUAACGCUUAGCGAUAUCGAAGGCGUAGAUCCCGAACUGCAUCGGAGUUUAACGUGGAUGCUAGAGAACAGCAUAGACGAAGUGCUGGAUGCAACGUUUUCGGUAGAGCACAGCAGCUUUGGCGUCCUCAAGAAUCACGAAUUGAAACCCGGUGGCAAAGAGAUACCAGUAACGGAAGAGAACAAAAAGGAGUACGUUCGCCUGUAUGUCAAUUAUCGCUUUAUGCGUGGCAUCGAGCAGCAGUUUCUCGCACUUCAAAAGGGAUUCCACGAGCUGAUACCCUCCCAAUUGCUUCGGCCGUUCGACGAACGGGAGCUCGAACUCGUCAUCGGUGGCCUCGGCACCAUUGACAUCAACGAUUGGAAGCAAAACACCAGAUUAAAAAAUUGCACUCCCGAAACGUCGGUCGUCAAAUGGUUCUGGCAGAUCGUCGAAUCGUACGGAGAGGAGAUGCGCGCUAGACUUUUGCAAUUCGUUACUGGCAGUUCCCGCGUUCCUUUACAAGGUUUCAAGGCCUUACAAGGAUCAACAGGAGCGGCAGGUCCUCGUUUAUUUACAAUACAUGCUGUUGACGCACCAAGUGAAAAUCUACCAAAGGCGCACACUUGUUUCAAUAGAAUUGAUAUCCCACAAAGUUAUCCAAACUAUAAGAAAAUGCUGGACAAGCUGACGCAAGCAGUAGAAGAAACGUGUGGCUUUGCCGUCGAAUAAUUCGUUGUUGUUGCUGGUGCAGCAAAUGCGCUAACGAUCGCUCAAAAAACGAUUUCGCCGAAGAAUUUCGUAGUGUCCCACUGCAAUGAACAUUGGGUAGGUGACGCGACUAACGAUUACCGAUUUCCUUAAAAUACUUCUCUUUGUAAAUAUUGUAAUGUGAAGGGAAAUGCGAAUAAGAAUGAAUUUGAUGCGGCACAAAUAGCCAAAAACACAACGCAUGACACACACACACACACAC